AUUCAUACAGAAGCAUGUGUUCCUCCUCUCAGGGUUUACAGAGAGAAGAUGCGUGACUACCAGUUCAAGCGGCUGAAGUAUUUCUACGCCGUAGCGGAGUGUGACUCGGCCGACACCGCCGCCAAAAUCUACGGGGAGUGUGACGGCUACGAGUACGAGAGCAGCUGCUCCGUCCUGGACCUCCGGUUUAUUCCUGAUGAUGUCGAGUUUGACGAGGAGCCCAAAGACGUGGCGACGGAUGUGAACCUCUCGGCCUACACGCCCAAACUGUUCACCUCAUCUGCUUCUACAACGUCAAAGGUAAGAACAUCGAAGGAUACUAUAAAGUAAAAACACCAUCGCCAG